UUGUCCCGAGGGGCUGUGGCGGUUCGUCGACAGCCACCGGGGAAACGCAACAGCUGCCGGCUAGCCCCGGGGGCACGGCUGAGGCGAGGGCCGAGCUCCCGCCCUUUCCCUCAGCAGCGCCAUAUUUCCGGGGAAAGGGGAAGGGCCCCGGCAGGACGGGACCGCGGCGCCCGCUGGGGUGAGUGCGGCGGCCCCGUUGUCCCGGAGAUGCCGUUGCCGUUUCCUACGGGAAGCUUGCGCUUGUCAAAUCAUUCUGCUGACUUCUCCCAGACUGGCUGUUAGGUUUAAAACACAGCGUGCACACGUAUAAGUAAGCUGAAGGUAAUACUGAAGAUAUAUAGACUUAGAGAAGCUCUGAACCAUGGAUAACCUCUGUGCAGCAAAUACCACUUUUGCACUCGACCUCCUAAGAAAGUUGUGUGAGAACAGAAGCGGGCGGAAUCUAUUCUUUUCUCCUUUUAGUAUUUCUUCUGCUUUGUCCAUGAUUUUGCUGGGUUCAAAAGGUAAUACCGAAGCCCAAAUAGCAAAGGUGCUUUCUCUGAACAAAGCCAAGGAUGCUCACAAUGGGUAUCAAUCGCUUCUCACUGAAAUUAACGAUCCAAACACCAAAUAUAUACUGAAAACUGCUAACCGACUUUAUGGAGAAAAGACAUUUGAGUUUCUCUCAUCAUUUAUAGAGUUGAGUCAGAAAUUCUACCAUGCUGGACUAGAACAGACUGACUUCAUACAAGCUUGGGAGGAUUCCAGAAAACAAAUAAAUGGCUGGGUAGAGGAAAGAACUGAAGGUAAAAUUCAGAACCUGUUGGCAGAGGGGAUUCUCAAUUCACUGACCAGACUUGUGUUGGUGAAUGCCAUCUAUUUCAAAGGCAGCUGGGAAAAGCAGUUCAACAAAGAGAGAACAGCAGAAAUGCCAUUUCAGAUUAAUGAGAAAGAGACCAAACCUGUGCAGAUGAUGUUCAAGAAGGAUAGAUUUAACAUGACCUAUAUUGGGGACUUCCAGACCAAAAUCCUUGAGCUCCCUUACGUUGGUAACGAACUCAGCAUGAUCAUCCUGCUCCCCGAUGCAAUCCAGGAUGGAUCCACUGGCUUGGAAAGCCUGGAAAGAGAACUUACGUAUGAGAAGCUGAUAGAUUGGAUCAAUCCUGAAAUGAUGGACUGUACGGAGGUGAGGGUGUCUUUACCCAGAUUUAAACUGGAAGAAGAUUAUGAUCUGAAACCCCUUCUGAGCAGCAUGGGAAUGCCCGAUGCGUUUGAUUUAGGGAAGGCAGACUUCUCGGGAAUCUCAGCUGGCAAUGAGCUGGUGCUCUCUGAAGUGGUUCACAAGUCUUUUGUGGAAGUCAAUGAAGAAGGCACUGAAGCGGCAGCUGCCACAGCAGGAGUGAUGAUGAUGCGCUGUGCAAUGAUCGUUCCAGAAUUCACUGCUGAUCAUCCCUUCCUCUUCUUCAUCCGGCACAACAAAACUUCCAGCAUUUUGUUCUGUGGCAGAUUUUGCUCCCCCUAAAAAGGAGAUGCCUUGCCGGAAGAGCUGCCAUUACGUGCUAACUUUCUUUAGAAUAGGGCUACUCUUUUUGCAUCAGUGUCUUUCAGCUGUGCCUGAAUCCACUUCUGUGGUCUUCAUCUCAGGCUUGGAUAGAAUAACAGAGCUACUUAGACAUACACAGCAACUGCUAUUUAAAACGGCUCUUGCCCUGUGCACCUGAGUGCAGAUGUCUCCAACUUCUUCCUGACACAAGAAACGUCCCUCUUGCUCAGUGAAUGCUUCGUCUGUUCUUGCAGUUCCCAUUGCAACUUCUCUUUUUGUGCCUAGCAGGCAGUGGUGAGUCAGGCAGUGACAUCCAAGGAAGGGAAUAAAUUAAUUUUGUUUCUGACAAGGCUGGAGCACAUCUUUAGCUCCCCUCCACCUUUUUCCUCCCA